AUAUUCUAAGAAGCGCCUCGAGAGUCUGGACCCUCCAGAACUGCAGUGUCCACCAGUCUACGACUCUACGUUUCCAGAGUUCCUCCCCCAACAACAAUGGCGGCGAUGUCAUGUAUCUGCUCAGUGCCAUCAGACACGGCAUCUCUCUCCUCUUCGUCGCCCUCCUCUUUCCCCCGACGGAUUUCUCGCCAAUCCUUGCGAUGCUCCGGCAAUUUUGCGGACAUUUCUGUGUCUUCGCCGGCUAGGGUUCCGGCUAUGCGGGGCAGAAUAUCCUGUCAAACGUCCUCGGCAACUUCGCCUUCCUCUUUCGUGAAUGGAAAAGCAAAUACAGAGCUCAAGGAUUUUCUUCACAUUAGUGAUUUUGACAAAGGUACUAUUUUGAAGAUCUUAGAUCGUGCCAUUGAGGUCAAGAAACUUCUAAAGUCAGGCGAUAGAACAUUCCUCCCAUUUAAAGGGAAAACAAUGGCUAUGAUUUUUGCAAAGCCAUCCAUGAGAACACGGAUGUCAUUUGAGACUGGGUUCUUCUUGCUAGGAGGCCAUGCUAUAUAUUUAGGACCAGAUGACAUCCAGAUGGGUAAGCGGGAGGAAACUCGUGAUGUUGCUCGUGUACUGUCUCGCUAUAAUGACAUCAUUAUGGCUCGUGUUUUUGCUCAUCAGGACAUUCUAGAUCUGGCUAAACAUGCAAGCGUACCCGUCAUAAAUGGCCUGACAGACUACAACCACCCUUGCCAAAUAAUGGCUGAUGCCCUUACAAUAAUUGAACACAUUGGUCAAUUAGAAGGAACUAAGGUUGUUUAUGUUGGAGAUGGAAACAAUAUUGUGCAUUCUUGGCUCUUGAUGGCAUCAGUUGUUCCUUUCCAUUUUGUCUGUGCCUGCCCUAAAGGUUUUGAGCCAGAUGAGAGCACAGUCGAAAAAGCGCGAGGUGCAGGAAUUAGCAAGAUUGAGAUAACAAAUGAUCCAAAGGAAGCUGUUAAAGGAGCUGAUGUUGUGUACUCGGAUGUGUGGGCCAGCAUGGGGCAGAAGGAGGAAGCUGCACAUCGUCAUCAAGUGUUUCAAGGAUUUCAGGUGGAUGAAACCCUUAUGAAGUUAGCUGGCCCAAAAUCGUAUUUUAUGCAUUGUUUGCCAGCAGAAAGAGGCGCGGAGGUGACUGAUGGGGUUAUUGAAGCGCCCAACUCCAUCGUAUUCCCACAAGCUGAGAACCGCAUGCACGCACAAAAUGCCAUAAUGCUGCAUUCUCUUGGCUUGUGAAUUAUGCACACAAACCCUCUCGCCUGCUCUUUGGCAUGUCUAUUUAUCAUGUGUCUUUAACUUCAAAUCCUAUUUCAGUUUUAGAUGGGUGCAAGAGUUUUGCAGAUUGAGUUUGUAGUCCAUAAUUUUGUUUCUUGUCGUGAUUAUGCAAAUGCAAGGGACCUUGUAUCUGGUACUCAGAUUGAAUGGAAUGAAUUUUCAUUGGCUUUUCCUAUUGAAA